AUGGAACUCUUGCAGGAAAAUACAAAAAUCGCGCAGAAACGCACUAAAGUGGGAAGUGACGUUCCUGUUGCGACUUCUGACGAUCUCCCAGCAUCUGUUCACCGACCAAUCAAAGAAGAAAAUGUUGGACGUAAAAUGUUGGAAAAGAUGGGCUGGAAAGAAGGAGAGGGCCUAGGACGAGAGGGAGAAGGUCGCCUUGAACCUGUAACAGUCGAAGUCCGUGAUAGUCUACGAGGUCUUGGUUCGGGUGUUAAAAGGAGCAUUGAUGAUGUCGAUAGCAAAAGUUACAUCCGGGCUAAAACACGAGAGAGGUUCGAACAGCCAAAAUCGGCGGCUUCCGGUAGAGUGAAAUUCGUAGCCGCCGACUCCAAUCGACCAGAAAAGGAAUCAUCCUCAAAUUUCAACGAAAUCAAUGACAAUUCUGUUCAGAAACUUGGAAGUAGUCAAGAGUUACCGCUGACGCGGAAGACGGAAGAAUUGGAUAUUUUUGCAGAGUGA